AUGAAAGAAAAUCCUCCUUUACAGCAUAAUGGACCUACCUCAGCGCCAGCUCCUGCUCCUUCAGGUCGCAGGCAGUCAAUUAUCGCUCCUCAGCAGCCAACGAUCCUCUCUCAGGGAAAUUUGCAACCGAUGAAUAUGCAACUGAGUAUGCGACCAAACUUUCAGACGAUGAAUCAAACUUCCUUGCAACAAACUAAUAUAAACCAUACAGGCUUACAGUCGAUUCAAAGACAGUCACCAAUUGCACCUGGAAUGCAACAGGCGAGUCCAGGUAUGUUACAAGAAUCACAACAACAACAUCUAUCGCCUGGGAGAGGACUACAAUAUCCUACAUCGCGCCAGUCAGCGCCGUCAGUGGGAGCUCCAGUCACAAAUGUUUCUCCUAGAUUACCUCGUCAGCUGUCUACUCUGAAGCAAUCUACUCAAACUCCACCUAUAAUGUCAACAGUAGGAGUUUCAACAUUUCAAAAUGUACCGGGUCCUCUUCCACCGAGUUCUCGAGUCCCUCCAGGAGUAGCUCCAGGAAUAAGACAAGCCAUGAAUCCACCUUCACAAUUUUACCAAUAUCCUGUUGUGGAUCCAAAUCCUUAUAGAUCCGGACCUAAUGUAAGACAGCCUUCCGUGGGUUCUGGUAGAAUAAACUUACCUCCACAACAGUCGAGUCACCAAACCAUUGUAAAUACUUCAUCUAUCCAACAUAAUUAUCAUCCUCUGCAUCAUACCUCUCAACAAUCAAAUCCUCCAAUGUUACCACCGCAGAGCAUGCAACCUCACCUAUCACCUAGGUUAUCGGCUCAUGGCGAUUUGCAGUCAAAUUCAGCUCGUACAACACGUCCGCAAAUGCCUAUGCAUGACAUAAGACAAUCCAUUUCAUCAACUUCUACACCACACAUGUUAACACAAGGUGUACAGCAACUAUCAAUACGUUCCUCCGUUCAAGAGACGAAUUCAAAGUCGACACAGGGUAUUCCACAUACAACUUUACGUCCUGCUGAGGGUCAACGUUCCGUACAAGAAUCAGGCCCGCAGGCAAUGCAAGGAAUUCAGCCUAUCUCACACACGUCUGGUCGUACAUCAUCUCAGUCCUAUAUUCCCGACAUGCCUCAACAAAUUCAGUCUUCUCAACGUAGCACUCCUAAAUUACUGCCACAAACAUUACCACAGCAAGUUACGCACAACAAUUCAACAAUGCAACUUCAGCAGCGAAUUAGUCAAAAACAAAGUUCUCCGUUAAUUCCGCAAGCGAUUGUGAAAACGUCACAUACUUCCCCAAAGUUUUCAUCCACUAAAUCAUCUCAUAGAUCGCAUAAAGGUGGGCAUCAUGGUUCCCAGAAAACCAUACCACAAACAAGUCAAUUAACAGUAAGUCAACAAAAGGCUGCCGAAAAACAAGUUACAGAAGCAGCUCGUGUACUAUAUAUGUCUUCAAUGUCUUCAAGGUCUCGAGAUGACCCACAGAGACUUAUGAAUUCAGAUUUUAGUUUUCAAUAUGCUGCAGUAAAUAAUAUUCAUAUAAAUACCAGUAAUAAUCAUAAUCAUACUCAUCAUCGAUCUAGUAGAUAUUCAGGACCCAUACCCGACAUUACUAUAUCACGUGAUGAGAAUAUGUCGAGAGAGCAAGAGAUAGGAUUAGUACCGCAUAAUCGAGGGCAUAAAAUGAAAAAUAGAGCUGAAGCAUUAGACAGCGGGGUCAAAUUAAGAGCACCAUAUGGAUACAUUGAGGAUAAAGAGGAGGUCGAAAUUCCUCAUGGUACAAGGCGACCUAUUAUUUACCGAACAAAUAAAGAGACGACGAACCAAGCAACAGAAUUUGAAGGUGAUCCUAAUGAUAACCCAUAUAAGGAUAUUAAUGUUGAAGAUAUUCUUGGACCACUAGAGAAACCUGAAGAUGCGGUGCGCAAGCCACAUUAUCGACGUAUACUAAAAAGCAAGCAUUUAGAAUCUUUAGCGAAGGAAUUAAUGGAAAGAAUUGAGAAGGAACACGAAUUUAACAAGAAGAUAAGCAGAUUAAUGAUAGUAUUCCAAGGUGAUGAUGUUAUGCAUCAAGAUCUUGAUUUCCGAUUAAAUCCUCCACCGGAGACGGUUAGUACACGUGUGGUCAAAGCUGAAGAAGUUGAAGGAGGAAAAAAUUUUGGAGUUCUAAAUGUGGGGUUACAAGGGAAUGAUCGAAGUAAAGGAAAGAGAGCUCAAGAAGCUAAAGAUCAAGGGUUAUUAACUUUGAAUACAGUACGCGAACAAUUACAAGAGCAACUUGAAAAUAGCAAUGAGAUAUUAAGACGAUACAAUGAGACAAGGGAAAGUGUUUUAAAAGCUAUAAGACAAAAGAACAUGAUAUAUAAAAGAUUAUGUGAGAUUGAUAAACAACAAGUUAAAAGUAAUGUUGCACCAACUGCUUUAUCACUUAAUGCCUAA